AUGAGCAGGUCCAAAACAUUUGAAUGGCAUAAAAGGUUUAUUGAGGGUCGUGAAGACAUUAAUGAUGACUCUCGUGCUGGACGACCUUCAACAUCGAGAAAUGUGGAAAUGGUGGCAAAAGUACAAACAAUUAUUCGAUCAGAUCGACGAAUGACGAUAAAAGAACUUUCUAGUGAGUGUAACAUUUCUAUUGGAUCAUGUCAAACUAUUUUGACUGAAGAUUUAGGCAUGAGACGAGUCUGUGCAAAAAUGGUCCCAAAAUUGUUGUCUCAAGAUCAAAAAAAUCAUCGAAUUGAAGUUUGUCAAAGUUUGAAAGAACGAAUACAAAAUGACCCAGGGUUCAUUAAAAAUGUAAUAACUGGUGAUGAAACUUGGAUCUAUGGUUAUGACAUAGAAACUAAACGACAGUCAUCCCAAUGGAAAUCAGUAACUUCACCAAGACCCAAAAAAGCUCGACAAUUGUACCUCCCUUACUCGCCAGACCUCGCCCCUUAUGAUUUUUUUUUAUUUCCAAAAAUUAAAACUGACCUCAAAGGACAAAGAUUUGAUGAUAUUGAAACAAUAAAAAAGAAUGCAGUGGAUCAACUCAAACAACUUAAAGUUGAAGACUUCCAACACUGCUUCAAAAAGUGGCAGGAAAGACGGAACAAGUGUAUAACAUCGGGCGAUGAAUACUUUGAAGCAGACUAA